CCAAAAAUAUUGUUACAACUAAUAUUGGUUUUGUUUUUGGUUUCACUGUACAAUGUUGGUGUUUUUUCUUUUGAUUCAUCGUCUUCAUUAAUUCAUCGAAAACACUUGAAUCCAGUAGGAGAAGAAAUAGAGUCUCUUUUGAAAUGGAAGUCAACCCUUGGUAACCAAACUCAGUCUUUCCUCCGUUCUUGGAGGAGAAGUUCCACUGCCAAUACAACAAAUCCAUGUAAAUGGCGCGGUCUCUCUUGUAACAAUCAAGGAAGUGUCACUGUAUUGAAUUUGACUAGUUCAAAUUUACAAGGUACGCUUCAGAAUUUAAACUUAUCAUCUUUCGCCCACUGCGUUCAUCUUGAUUUGAGCGACAACCAACUCUUCGGGUCCAUCCCAUCUCAGAUUGGUAACCUUACAAAACUUACCUACCUUAAUCUUUCUAUGAAUAUAUUUUCUGAACAUAUUCCAGAAGAAAUUAGAUUUCUCACAAGUCUGAGUUUGUUAGACAUUUCUGGAAAUCAAAUUAGUGGCUCAAUCCCUACUUCUAUAUCUAAUCUGAGCAAACUACACUUUUUAUACCUUUACCGAAACCAACUUUCUGGAGACAUCCCUCAGGAUAUCGGAAAGUUAAGGUCCCUUACUGAUUUUUCAUUGUCCACAAACAAUCUUACAGGUCUAAUCCCCGUAUCUUUAUGUAAUAUGAGCAACCUAAACAACCUGUAUCUGUUUGAAAAUAAACUAUCUGGUCACAUUCCUCCCGAAAUCCGAAGAUUAACAUCUCUUACCAAACUUGAAUUGUCUACAAACAAUCUGGUUGGUCCAAUCCCUACUUCGAUAUGUAACCUUCGCAACUUAAAAUUUUUGUAUCUUUUUCAAAAUCAACUAUCUGGUACCAUUCCUCAAGAAAUCGGAAAGUUAACGUCUCUUACAGACCUUGUAUUGUCUACAAACAAUCUGGUUGGUCCAAUCCCUACUUCUAUAUGUAACCUCAACAACCUAGAAACUCUAGACCUUCAUAUAAAUAAACUUUCUGGUCAAAUUCCUUGGGAAAUCGGAAGAUUAACAUCUCUUGCUGGCCUUGAAUUGUCUAUAAACAAUCUGGUUGGUCAAAUCCCUACUUCGAUAUGUAACCUUAGCAUCCUAAGCAUUCUGCACCUUGUUGAAAAUAAAUUAUCUGGUCGAAUUCCUCGGGAAAUCGGAAGAUUAACAUCUCUUACCAAACUUGUAUUGUCUACAAACAAUCUGGUUGGUCCAAUCCCUACUUCUUUAUGUAAUAUUAGGAACCUAAAAAGAUUAGGCCUCUCAACUUUCUGGAACCAUUCCUCAAGAAAUCGGAGAACUAAGUUCUAUUACAGACUUAGAUUUGUCGGCAAACUUUCUCACUGGUCCAAUCCCUUCUUCUAUAUGCAAUCUUAGGAACCUUAAUGUUUUGGACCUUCACCAAAAUCAACUCUCUGGUGCCAUUCCUCGUGACAUUGGAAGACUAAGAUCUCUUGUUCAAUUUAUUAUGCAUACAAACAAUCUCAAUGGUGAUAUCCCCACCUGUUUAUGCAAUUUGAGCGAUGGAAUGUUACCCACCCUGCAAUACCUCUAUCUAUUCGGGAAUCAGCUUACUGGACCAAUACCCAAACAACUUGGAGAAUGUUCAAAUUUGCUCGAAUUGGAUUUGGGUAGAAACCGUUUGAACGGAAGCAUUCCAGUUGGGAUUGGAAAUUUGAUUUCGUUACAAAUCGAAUUGGAUCUCAGUCAUAAUGAGUUGAGUGGAGAAAUACCAUCAGAUUUUGGAAAACUAAACAAACUGGAAAAACUAAAUUUGUCCCACAACAAGCUUUCAGGUCCGAUUCCUUCUUCAUUUGUUGAAAUGCUUAGCUUGACCAGUGUCGAUAUUUCAUACAAUGAAUUGAUUGGUCCUAUUCCAAACAUCAAGGCCUUUAAUGAUGCUCCCUUCAAUGCAUUGAAGAACAACAGUUGCUUAUGUGGUAAUCACUUUGGAGGUUUUAAGCCAUGUAAAUCGUCCGUUAUCAACAGAAGAAAUAAAGCCAAACCAAGACUUGUUGUGAUGAUUCUAGUUCCUCUGUUUGGUUCCUUGUUUCUUUUGUUCACAUUUUUUGCUAUCUAUUUUUGCUUGCGAAAAAGAUUAGUCAUAAGAAAUCUCGAGCAGGCAGAUCAACCAACAACUGUAAACACAAAAAGAAACAUAUUCUCGGUAGAGAAUUAUGAUGGGAAGCUGGUGUUUGAAGAAAUAAUUGAAGCAACGGAAAACUUUGAUACCAAAUAUUGCAUUGGGGCGGGAGGAUAUGGGAGCGUCUUCAAGGCGAAGCUAUCGACAGGUCAGGUUGUUGCUGUGAAGAAGCUUCACUCGUCAGAUGAAGAUUCCGAAACACUUGAUCUUAAAUCUUUUGAAAGCGAAGUUCAAGCAUUGACUGAAAUCCGGCAUAAGAACAUUGUAAAACUCUUUGGUUUCUGCUCCAGCAUAGAGCGACAAAUCUCAUUCUUGAUUUAUGAGUUUGUAGAGAGGGGGAGUUUGAAAAAGAUUUUAUGCGAUGCGGAACAGGCGGUAGAGUUCGAUUGGAUAAAGAGGCUAAGAUUCAUCAAGGGAACAGCUGACGCGCUUGCUUACAUGCACCAUGAUUGCAUUCCAGCAAUAGUUCAUAGGGACAUAUCUAGCAACAAUGUCUUAUUGGAUUUCGAAUAUGAAGCUCGUGUUUCCGAUUUUGGUACCGCAAGGAUUUUGAAGCCAGACUCAUCCAAUUGGACAUCAGUUGCAGGCACAUACGGAUAUGUUGCUCCAGAACUUGCCUAUACAAUGAAGGUAACCGAGAAAUGUGAUGUUUAUAGCUUUGGAGUACUUCUGCUGGAAGUACUACACGGUAGACACCCAUCUGAGAUUAUCACACUACUCUCUCUUGAGCUCCUUCAAACGUCGUCUUCAACUUCGAAUGGUCUGGUAAAAAAUACAAUGCUGAAAGACAUCUUAGACGAGUGCCUUGAAGCACCAACGGAUGCCGUGAAGAAAGAGAUAAUGCACUUUGUAAAGGUUGGUCUCUCGUGCUUACGUGGUGAUCCACACACUCGUCAAACAAUGCAAGAAGCAUAGGUGGAGUUAUCACCAACGGAUUUGCAAUUAUAGUUGCUUAUGUUGAUGAUAUGAACAUAAUAGGCACUCUUGAUGAAAUGAGAGAAACCACUAGCUAUCUGAAAUCUGAGUUUGAGAUUAAAGAUCUCGGGAAAACUCGGUUUUGUCUAGGAAUUGAACUAGAACACCGAACCUCUGGAAUAUUAAUCCACCAGUCUACAUAUGUCCAUAAGAUACUCAGGCAAUUUAAUAUGGACACGGUGCACCCCGCUAGCACUCCCAUGAUCGGUCGAAGCUUAGAUGUGAAUAAGGAUCCAUUUCGUCCUAAGCAAGAUGACGAAGAAGUAUUAGGAGCUGAAACUCCUUAACUAAGUGCAAUAGGCGCAUUAUUGUACUUAGCACAAUGUACUCGACCAGACAUUUCAUUCUCAGUGAACUUGUUAGCUAGAUAUAGCUCUGCGCCAACGUAGCGUCAUUGGAAUGGUAUAAAGAAUGUAUUUAGAUACCUUAAAGGAACCAUUGACAUGGGUUUAUUUUA